UCUGGAGUACAUAAAAAUGGGCACCCUCUCCACUUUCAUCAAACAACACACACGACUCAAUGAAGGUUUGACCAGACAGUUUACAAUUCAAAUUCUGGAAGGCGUGAAGUACCUACAUGAAAACAACAUCUUGCAUUUGGACAUCAAAGGUACUAAUAUUCUAAUGGUGGAUGAAUCAAACAUCAAACUAACAGACUUUGGCCUGUCGACAAUACUUAACGAAGAAGGUGUAGAAGCAGAAAGGGGCACAACUCGAUAUAUGGCUCCUGAGAUGAUUAACUGCCCUGAUGGUAGAAUAUUUAAACAUGGUAGUAGCUUGGACAUUUGGAGUGUUGGAAGUACAGUUGUAGAGAUGAUAACUGGAUCACCACCAAACUCAACAACGGCAUCAGCCAAUGUACUUUUUAAAAUUGCUAUGCUGCAGAGACCAAAGUAUGAGCUGUCAAUCACAGCGUCAAAAAACCUGAGAGAUUUUUUAGAAAAGACAUUUACACCUGAGGCAGAACAAAGGCCAUCAGCAGAAGAUUUAUUGAGGGAAGACAAGUUUAUAACAGGCAGUUUAUAAAUGUUGACUAUAAUUGUACGAUUUGUGCUUAUUACUACAUUUACCUAUUAGCAAUGUUUUAUAAAUAAAGUUUUUGAUUUUCGGUGACAUGUCAAAGUCUUAAGGAUAUAACAAAAUCUUUAGAUAAUCCUUAAACUAGAUAAAAGUCUCAUAGUUUAAUGCAAAUGUGUAUUUUAGAUAUAACUUGUAAAAAGAAAGAAGUAUCAAUUUUUCGGAUCAGUCUACUGUCAAACUACAUCUUUACUUAACAUCGAUGUCAAACUAUUUUAACCAAAUUUUGCAAAGAUAAUAGCAAAAAUACCAAAACAUUUGCGAAAUUAUAUAUUUAAUUAUACAUUAAAAUCGAAACAAUUAGGCUACUAAACUAGUAUUGAGAUCGAGCCGAAAUCAUUGUUUUUCUCAAUCUUAAUAAAAUAUACUAUUAGUUACGGUGAACAGGAUAGAACAUUUUUUAUUGGAUAUCACAUGAAUUAUUAAAAGAUAAGACAUUAAACGCCAAAUUUUAAUAGUACUCUCUAAGUACAGGAUUUUAUAAAGAUAAUAUUCUGGAAGAAUGUUUUAUAAAUAAGCGAAUUUUUUAGAAAACCUCCAAUCUUUUGCUAUAUUUUGUAAAUAUGAUCUUUUUUUAUAAAGUAAAAGUAUUGUGUAAUUAAACGUAAACCAUCCAAAUAUAAGUAGUACCAAACAAAUCAGUUUUAUUUAAAUCAAUUCCACUGCUAUUUGCCAAUGUAGGCCUAUGUGACGACAUUUUCUUAAGUCUAUGAUUGCUAACCGACCACUGGCUUGAUUCAGUAAGACGUUGCUGAUUUCUGCCAGCUGUGAUGGGUACGUUACUCAUCGUAGAAAAAGUAAUGGCGAAUAGGCAUAAUGUUGACCACUUCAUCCUUUUUAAUUUCAAUGUAAGAGAAACUAACUAACGGUCCGUCAGUUAAGAAAUGAUAACUUCAUUUUUUAAUUUAAAUAUUUUUUAUAUUUGUAUGAAAUUUUUGAUUGACUUUAUGCUUACUUAUAAAUAAAGUAAUAUAUGAAUUAAUUAAAUACUUAAGCAAUCGACCUAGGUUGCAACAAUGUAAAUCAAAUAUACUCAAGAUUAUAGAAAAUAAUGUUAUAAAAUAAGUUUAUAUUAACUGUUUUAUUAUUACAUAAUGAAAAGAGCAAGUACAAUAGCCUGAAGUUAUAAAUUAAAACACAUAUUGUUCAGGUCUUACUAUAGAUCAGGGGUCUCCAAACUACGGCCCGCGGUCCGGAUGCGGCCCUCGAAGUCCUCUCAUCCGGCCCGCUGAGAUCUUUUUGUCAAAGGAAAAAACGUUUGCUGGUGAUGGCUGAGGAACUUUGCCCCGAAAAAUCAAAGACAUGCCUGGAAGAAACUGGCCCCCGAACUGAAAUAUGAUAGUUAAUGCGGCCCCCGGGCUGAAAAGUUUGGAGACCCCUGCUAUAGAUAAAUGAAUCUGCUAUAUAUAUUAUCUUAUUGAAGCCGGGGAUUUUUUUUUUUGCAACACUUUGUUGGUUAAUUUUUUUUAUUAAUAUUUUUAAAAUUGUAAUUUUAAAUUUUAUAAAAACAUAAUACCAAUUCAAAUUUUAGGGUUAUCAUGUCAGUUAAAUUAAAAGGUUCUAUAUGCAUUACUGUCACUGAUAAUAAGCAUAAUAUAUUACUAUUAAGCAUUUUAACAUAUGUGAUUCACAAUACAUUUAUAAAAUUUUAAUUUUUGUUUGCAAUUACUUUUUAUUAUUAUUUUUAUUAUUUCAGUCGAUUUCCAUAAGUUAUAAUAGAAUAUUAUUGUUGAUAAACUCUAUAAAUCAUCAUAGAUUUGCAUUAAAGCCGUAGCCAAAGCCUAAGUCAAAACCAGAGCUAAAGGAACAUCGACAUAAUUUAGUUAAUAGUAGUUACUUGGGGGUAAAGAGUAAGUUUCGUCAGCCGAUCAUACACUAUUCUCAACGACACUGUCGUUGAGUGGCUUAUCAACAGUGUCGGUAUAUAAUAACGCUAUAGAUUUUUUCUCAUUUGAUUCUGUCGUUGAGACUCUAACUAUAGUUAUAAACUGUAAAAACUAGCUAACGGAAUAAAACCAUUUCGAUUAAUUAAUCGCUUAAAAUAUUUAAGAUAAGAAAAAUUAAACAACCAUUCAUUUUACAGAGCUAAUAAUAAUUAAUAUUAUAAAAAUGUAUCUUCUGUCUUUAAAAUUGAAAAUUAAAUUAUUUUUAGCAAUAUAAAUUAAUACAGUGGAUUGCUGAAUUUAAUUGUGAUCAUAGUUGUUAUGAUGCAUGUUUGACUGGGGUAUUGGUGCGCAGGAUUGAUGGUGCGGCCGUAUGUUGAACGAGUGAAUGUGUGACGAGAUACGAAAGAUAGUGACGUUUUAGGUUAGAGAGUUGGUUGCUAUGAGUUUAUGUGUGAGCAGUUGAAUCCUUAUCGUCGGUGUGAAAGGACGUGUGUUGUUGUAGAUACGAGAUUAAAAGAUCUGU